GCUCACCUCUGCCUCUCCCUCCGGGCCAACCGACAGCCCAGACUAAUGACACCGGUGGCUCCAGGCCCACAGCCAGUGCGGAGAAGAAGUGCCAACUCCAGCCCAACCCCACUCCAACUCCAGAGGAAACUGCCCCCCGAUGGGCCGCUACAGCGACAAGUGCCAGUUCGCCCACGGUCUAGCCGAGCUGCGCUCCCUCAGCCGCCACCCCAAGUACAAGUCGGAGCUGUGCCGCACCUUGUACACCACUGGCUUCUGCCCCUAUGGUACCCGCUGCCACUUCAUCCACAACCCUGAGGAGGGGAGAGUGCCCGGCCUUGCCUGCACCAGAGAGCCAGCCUGGGCUCGGCCUCCUCCAGACUGGUGCUCGACUGUGCCAUGCUGCAGGCGGCCUUUAGCCCUGACCUGGAGUUGGAGCUGGCCUGGACUCUGGGCUUGGGGCUGGGCAAGAGAGGGGGAGGAGGUUGCUGCUGCCGCCGCAACAGCACCAGCAGCUCCAGCGGGCACCCGGCCUUCCAUGGCCGGCAGGAGCCCGUCCGCAGACUCGCCAACCAGGUCGGCUCCAAGCAGGGCCGGCAGCUGCCCAUCUUCAGUAGGGUGUCGGACUGAGGGGGCUGAAGGUGGAGGGCUGCUGGCCAACCAUGCGGGACAGGCAGAGCUGAGCUGGAGCCAGUGGCUGCAGGUCUGCAGCCGCCCCGCCAGCCCAGGGCCACCCCAGAUAGCUCCACACAGGGAAGGGACGGGGAUGGCCCAGCAGCAACUCGACAGUGCCCGCAGUGCGGGAGACCCAGGCCCAACCCCGACCAUGGACGAAACGCAAGACUGCACACAUAACAGCAUCACCGUUGCCGAGACUGUUUUUUGCUUAUGACCUGGCCAUGUGCAGUCGGAAUACCGAACUCGCAUAUUGUGUAAAUGUAACAAAAUACAUUAUUUACUAAAGAGAAAAUUCAAAAUUACAACAAUUAAAGUAAUCUGUUAUGACUUAUCUUGGUCUAACUUAACUACACAUCGGGCAAUAAAGCCUGUUUUUAAGUUGCAAAUUCACUUACUCUCUGUAUCUUGUCUACAAAUAAUAACGAUUAAAGCCACUUCUUUUCUCUAAUUAUUUACCACAGUAUUGCUGGAACACUCUGCACUGUAAAUAACAUUGACCAAAAGCAAAUAUGGAAUGAUGCAAUAAUUGGCUUAUUUAAGAUAAAGCUUUGAUGCAUAUCUGAUGGUCAAUUUGUAGUAUGGGUUUUCACAUUUAAAAUAGUACUUGUAUUAACAGCACAUUGUGUGGAAUCUAUGUUCAAUGAAUAAUCAGUUUAACAGGGAUAUAGAUAACAGCAC